AUGGCCCCUGUAAAGAGACAACCUCGUACGCGAAGCCAUCACAAGAUGAAGGUCCGUCGUCGUAAACCAAACAUCCCCGAGCUGGUGUACAAGUUUCUCUACCUGGGUGCCAGGGAGAACAGCGAAGGGGCGUCGAAUGCCGCCGAAACGAAGUGCCGGUUUUGCCAUCGACAGAAACGUCGCGUAGAAGUUUUGGAUUCUCUAGAUUCCAACGCCGGCAGAAAUAUGGCCAAUAAACGACGGGACGCGAAAAAGAAUUCCAAGAUCCAUCGCGUGAAACGUCGACCAACCACCAGAGAGCAGACUCCGUCCUGCGUGCACAGCAAAAGCAAAAGUGAAGGUAUGCAGAAGAUUAAACAGUACAUCCAGAAAGCGUUGGACUUCGGGGUGGAGUCUGGAUACUUGAUCCCGAAGGACGCCGCGUACAGAGUUCUACGCGUCUCGUCGGAUCUCAUGAACGAUGGGAAUUAUAUGAGCAAAGCCAGGAACUCUGACAGAGCGGUCUCCCAGGACAGGGACAGAACUCGACGUCAAACGCCGAUUAGGUUCGGAGAUUACGGCGUGCAGGAAGCCAGGCGACGAAGAAGGAGUCGCAAAAGGCGGAGGAGAUCGAGGAGCGGCUCCAGCAGGCGUCGAAGGUCUCGAAGACGCAGCAGCAGGAGGCGCAGAGGGUCGGACGGCGAGGAAAUAGUUGAGGACAACGAUUACGAGGAGUUCGACGACCAGGAGGAUAUCAAAGACAAUUCCGAGAACGCGAACAGGGACGAUGAAAACGAACGUUCGAACCCUUUGGAUAAUGCGAAAAAGACCACGAAGGGGGGCUCGGAUGGCUCGGAUUUGUCCGUCGACGACAACGAAACCGACGAAGACGAGGAAAAAAAAGGCGACGACGGGACGCAAUCGUAG